CUUGACAGACGAGCGCGGCUGCUCGAUGCAGACGCUGUGACGUCAGCGUGUUGGGUCAGCUGGCCCCUCCAUCAGAGCAGCAGAGCGAACCUCUCCCAUCGGGGGACAUCACCAUCUCCGCCGGCAGCACCGUCGGUCGAGCCCGCGUGAGCGAGUCCCGACAUGGAGGCAGUGUCGCCUUAGCGCUUCCGGCUCGGGUCCCGUGGAUUCUUGAUUGUUAUUGAUGCUGUCAUGUCAUAUUCGGUGCCAGUGAUGGCGGGGCUCCAUGGCCGCCGCUGCUGCCGCUGCCGCCGCUGCCGCUGCUGAGAGGCAGGUGCAGUAUUCCCGACGAAGGCGUUUUUUUUUCUGGGGCCUGGACCCAGCGAGGGCCAAACCACACUCCCGCUGCUGAUAGCUGAGCCGCCCGUGGAGGUCCAGGAGGAGGAGCCCUUCAUAGACAUCAUAUCAGAGUCGAGGCCGAGGUUCCAGGGUUCCAGGAGAAGCUCAGCUGCGGGAACCUUCCGCUUCCAGAUGCCUUCAUCGCGUUGAUUUCUUCCCAAAGUGUGAUUUCUGUCCCGUCUUCGGUACCUAUCCGUCGAGCGUCUGGGCCACAGGCCUCCACCGCAGCCUCCUCAUCUGGAAAACAGCAGCCGCCAACAUGAUGGAGAUUCAGAUCGACGAGGUGGUUUACCAGGACGACUACGGCCCCGGGUCAGUCAUGUCGGAGCGAGUGUCCGGACUGGCCAACAGCAUCUACCGGGAGUUCGAGCGCCUCAUCCGGAGCUAUGACGAGGAGGUGGUGAAGGAGCUGAUGCCGCUGGUGGUCAACGUCCUGGAGAACCUGGACGCGGUGCUGACGGAGAACCAGGAGCACGAAGUGGAGCUGGAGCUUCUCAAGGAGGACAACGAGCAGCUCAUCACCCAGUACGAGCGGGAGAAGUCGCUGAGGAAGCAGGCGGAGGAGAAAUUCAUUGAAUUUGAGGAUUCACUGGAGGCAGAGAAGAAGGAUCUGCAGAUGCAGGUGGAGUUUCUGGAGCUGCAGGGGAAACAGCUGGAACUGAAGUCCAAGAAUUAUUCGGAUCAAAUCACUCGACUGGAGGAGCGAGAGUCAGACAUGAAGAAAGAGUAUAACGCUCUGCACCAGCGCCACACUGAGAUGAUCCAGACCUACGUGGAACACAUAGAGCGGUCCAAACUGCAGCAGACAGGAAGCAACAGCGAGUCAGGAGGACCUGGCUGUGGACGCACUCAACGUCACACAUGGAGGAAAAGCAAAGCGGACCGCCCACCAUCGUUGAGCCUUUACCCUGGUGGCGAGGGAAUGGUACGUGGGGGUCUCGGGGGGGCUAGGAUGAUGCCCGGGAAAGACAUCUGGCAGGUCAGCGAGCUCGGCCAGUCCAUCUUCAGCUCUGCCUAUCAGGAGGAUGGAUCUGAGUCCGACUCGGUGGCAGCGACACCCAGCAGCACGGGGAGCAAGUCCAACACGCCCACCUCCUCCGUCCCCUCCGCCUCGGUCACCCCCAUCAACGAGGGCUUCCUCCCUCAAACGGAUUUCGACGUCAUGCGGGGGAACCAUGGCCGCAAAAGUGCCAAGCGCCUCAGUAGGAACAUGGAGGUCCAGGUCUCCCAGGAGACCAGGAACGUGAGCAUCGGAAUGGGGAGCAGCGAUGAGUGGUCGGAAUUUCAGGAGAUCAUUGACUCGACCCCUGAGCUGGACAUGUGUGUGGACCCUCGCAUAUACGGAGGAGGAAACAGCCCGUCCCAAGGGAUCGUGAACGAGGCCUUUGGCAUCAACACUGACUCUCUCUACCACGAAAUCAAAGACGCCAAGUCCGACAUCAUCGGAGACGUGGACGCCGGCGCCGAACUCCUCGGCGAGUUCUCAGUGCGUGACGAUUUCUUCGGGAUGGGCAAGGAGGUAGAGAACCUGCUGACGGAGAACAAGCAGCUCCUGGAGACCAAAAACGCUCUCAACAUCGUGAAAAACGAUCUUAUUGCCAAAGUGGACGAGCUGUCCAGUGAGCAGGAGGUGCUGAGGGAGGAGCUGGAGGCGGUGCGACAGUCCAAAAAUAAAGUGGACGCCCGAGUCAAAGAGCUGGAGGAGGAGCUCAGGAGGUUAAGAGCAGAGGCUCUUGGUGCGUCACGGGACUCCAAGGACGAAGCAGGCGAUGAUUUCUCAUCACCCAUGCAGGACGGGGACAUGACCAUGACUCAGCGACGGCGGUUCACUCGGGUGGAGAUGGCUCGAGUACUGAUGGAGAGAAACCAGUACAAAGAGCGAUUGAUGGAGCUGCAGGAGGCCGUGCGGUGGACGGAGAUGAUCCGGGCGUCUCGUGAGAGUCCAGCAAUCCAGGAGAAGAAGAAGUCCACGAUCUGGCAGUUCUUCGCUCGUCUCUUCAGCUCAUCCUCCAGCCCUCCACCAGCCAAGCGUCCGUACAGCAGCGUCAACAUCCACUACAAGUCUCCCUCCCCGGCCGGCUUCUCUCAGCGCCGCAGCCACACCAUGUGUCAGAUCUCCACCUCCAACCGCACACUGGAGUUCUUCCCUGAAGAACUGGCCAGUAACGGUGUUGCUUCGCUCCUCAGUGACUCCGUUAUGUUGGCCCGCCGUGAGCAGCGGCGUGAACAGUACCGCCAGGUCCGAGAGCACAUGCGACGCGAUGACGGCAUCAUGCACGCGUGCGGCUGGAGCGUGCCGUCUCGCCUCAAGCAGACUGCAGGUCAGACGGACUCUGCUCAGGACAGCCAGCUGAAGAGACCACAGACCACGAACGAAAAAGAUGAUAACCGAAUGAAGAAUGUUCCAGUACCAGUGUACUGUCGUCCGCUGGUAGAGAAGGACCCGAACAGAAAGCUGUGGUGUGCAGCAGGAGUGGACCUGGCUGGGUGGAGGGCCAGCAGCCAGGACUCCGGCCCAGUGAAGGCCUUGUUGCCGGGCAGCGACCCCUUACGUGCGGAUGAGGAGGCUGGAGACAAGAAGAGUAACAGCUCUCCUGAGAAGAAGAAGACGAAGGAGCUUCAGGAAACGGACUCGAUGAACAGCCGAGUGUGGAUCCUGACUAGCACCCACUCUGCCAGCAAGGUAGUGAUCAUCGAUGCCAACCAGCCGGGCUCGCUGGUCGACCAGUUCAACGUCAGCAAUGCUCACAUACUCUGCAUCUCCAGCGUGCCUGCUGCCAGCGAGAGCGACUACCCGGCAGGUGAGAUCAUCUUGGAUCCCGGUGAUGGUGGCUCGGGUGGCGGUGACGACACCGGCAGCGUGGAGGGCAUGCUGGCAGGCAUCACACUAGUGGGCUGUGCCACCAACUGCAGUGUUGCCCGUAGCAACUGCUCGUCACGGACCGACACGCCCAUCGUUGACAAAAACCAAGCUCCCACCGCUCCUCCUGUCAACGGAAAGAUCCAUCCCGCCCAGUCGGCUGAGGAAGCCACAGAGGCCACCGAGGUCUCUGAGUCCACGGCCAGCAACCCAGACCUGGGCUCGGGACCUCCUGGUCCGUUUACCGAACACGUGUUCACUGAUCCACCUCGACCAGCUGAUGCUUCGGACAGAUCGAGCCAAUCCAAAGAAGAUUCAAAUGUCCACACAGACGCAGACAAUGCUGACGAUGCAAAGAAUUGCACUAGUGUUGCACCUACCAUGUGGCUCGGGGCGCAAAAUGGCUGGCUUUAUGUCCACUCAGCAGUUGGCAACUGGAAGAAGUGUCUCCACUCCAUCAAGCUCAAAGACUCGGUGCUAAGUCUUGUGCAUGUGAAGGGCCGCGUACUGGUUGCCCUCGCAGAUGGGACCCUGGCAAUAUUCCACCGAUCAGAAGAUGGCCAGUGGGAUUUGUCUAACUACCACCUGAUGGACCUGGGUCACCCACAUCACUCCAUCCGCUGCAUGGCUGUGGUCCAUGACAAGGUGUGGUGCGGCUACAAGAACAAGAUCCACGUGAUCCAGCCAAAGAGCAUGCAGACCGAGAAGACCUUCGAUGCCCACCCUCGGCGGGAGAGCCAGGUGCGGCAGCUGGCGUGGCUCGGCGACGGCGUGUGGGUGUCGAUCCGACUGGACUCGACUCUCCGUCUGUACCACGCGCACACGCACCAGCACCUGCAGGAUGUGGACAUCGAGCCGUACGUCAGCAAGAUGCUCGGAACCGGCAAGCUGGGCUUCUCCUUUGUGCGAAUCACAGCCCUGCUGAUCGGUGGGAAUCGUCUUUGGGUUGGCACUGGGAAUGGGGUCAUCAUCUCCAUCCCUCUGACGGAAACGGUGGUCCUUCACCGGGGACAGCUCCUGGGUUUGAGGGCCAAUAAGGUGUCCCCGACAUCUUCCGGGGGAGUGAUUCACGUAUAUGGCGACGACGGCUCGGAGAAAAGCAGCGGCAGCUUCAUCCCCUACUGCUCCAUGGCCCAGGCCCAGCUCUGUUUCCACGGACACCGGGACGCCGUCAAGUUCUUCGUCUCAGUUCCAGGGAACGUUCUGGCCACGCUGAACGGCAGCGUGCUGGACAGUCCGUCAGAAGGUCAGGGAUCUUCUGCGCCAGCUGAAACCGAGACCCAGGCACUUCAAAACGUGCUGGUGCUGAGUGGGGGAGAGGGAUACAUCGACUUCCGUAUCGGAGACGGAGAAGAUGAUGAGACAGAGGAAGGAAGCAGCAACAGCCGGUCAACUGAGAUCAAACCGGGUCUGUCCAAGGCAGAGCGCAGCCACAUCAUUGUCUGGCAGGUUUCCUACGUCCCCGAGUGACUCCCCCCACCCCCGCAACAGCGACCUGAAACUUUAAUAAUCCUUGACCAUGUCAAAGUUCCAGCUCUAAAAAGAAAAGUGUAUCAUUCCCCUUGUAACUUAAACCCCACUCCUUCACCACUUAAACAUCGUGUAAGUAUCUAACCUGCCUGACAUUGUAACUAUCAUCUCUGUAGACUACGUCCUGUAAACAUCUAGUUACUCUCUGUACCUCAACUGGCCUGCAUCUCCCCCAGAAUGUCUGCUCCACCAAACCCCAGCAACAUAAAAACCAAAACUCUCUCCGGCCUGGACGCGUCAUGAGAGCUGAAUGACGGCCGCAUGUCUCCGGACUGCAGUUUCGCUGAUGUCUGGGUUGAACGCAGAGUAACCGGAACCUAAUGUGACGCCAUUAGAAAAAAAAACAACUUGCUGUUGACAAACGUAGUGAAACAUGAAUGUAACACAAGAUGUCCGACCCAAACAUCAGUGUGCAAAAAGGUCUGCCCGCGGUCGUCAAGUCUGGGUCGGUCCAGAACUCUCCCUCCUCCUGACUGACUGUUGAUCAGGCGGCUCCGUGUGAAGCAGGUGAUUGUUGUGGGGGUCACGUGUACAGGGAUGAUUGUAAAUCUGUGGCCACUUCCUCUUGUUCGAUAUUUAAGGUUCAUGCAUCCUUAUCAGUGUGGAUUAAAAUUAAACAUAACCGUGUGCUCGCCGUCGCCUGCUUCCUUC